AUCAAGAAUCUGCUUUACCCCGUGAGUGUGCCACUGGCGUACAACAAUUGAUUAUUUUUGAAUGACUUUAGAUUUGUGUGAUUAUUUUGUCAACUGAUUAAUAUUACUGUGAACAGUAUUGAAUUUUUUAUACAACCGUAACUUGAUGAAUAUUUGUUUGUCUCAUGAUUUGGUGAAGUGUUGUGUUUAAGCCUAAAUUCAAUGUUUCUAACCUCAUGGAACAAAUAUGUCAGACGCUUUUGAAGAAAUUCAGGCUAUUAAAAUAAAAAGAAACAGUUUACGGGAGAAAUUACAAAAGAGAAAACGAGAGAGGAAUGAAUUAUUUACUUUGACUGCUCUACCGUCGUCUACCACAAGUGGAUUAGUUGCUGAUACUGGCAGGACAAGUGAAUCCAAUGCUUCCUUAUCACAUCGAGGGAAGUACAAUGAAUACGAAAGAGAUAUCUUGGGUAUUCUGCACGAGAGUCUUCCUGACACUCCAAUCACAUCAGCUGAUCUCAGCGUUCAACUGAGGAAGAAUCUGAGUGCUGAUGUGCUCCACAGUGAUGUCAAAACAAUUCUGGAGAAAUUGGCAGGUCAAGAUGUUCUCAAAAUGAAAGAGGUCACCGAGGAUGGAGUUCUGGGGUACACAGUUCUAUCCAUCGUUGAAACCCCCAAUAAAACCGAAGAAUCGAAUGCCAAUGACACCCCAGACAAUGAAUCCCACGAUAAGACCGAUGACGACGAACUUGAAGAUGAGGAUGUUGAUGGGCCACCGGAGAAACACGCCAAACAAGACCAGAAGAAUGCCGAGGACAUCAUGUCUCUUAUACUCAUGCCCACAAUUAGGGAAAAGGAGAGCAAAAAGGUUGGGGAGCAGAUUCUGGAUCUUCUUUCUAAGCAAACGUCCAAAGAAAAAUCACUGGCAGAGAGGUUUAGGUCUCAGGGAGGGGCUCAAGUGAUGGAGUUUUGUCCACAUGGUACUAGGGUUGACUGCACCAAACUGAAUGGGGGAGCUACGGCUAAAUGCAAAAAGCUACAUUUUAAAAAAAUUAUUCAGGGACACACUGACGAAUCUUUGGGGGACUGCAGCUUUUUGAACACUUGUUUUCAUAUGGACACAUGCAAAUAUGUACACUACGAAGUAGACGGUUCGACAGCACUUUCCAAAGAGUCCUCAACAGACUCAGAAAAUGGUAAUCCCCCAAGCACAACGACAAAAGCCUCAGACAAUCAGGGAUCAGUGUCAUCUCCAGCAUCAGGCACAGAACUGACUCUCUAUCCUCCCCAAUGGAUCCAGUGUGACUUGAGGUACCUAGACAUGACGGUUUUGGGUAAAUUUGCUGUGAUAAUGGCAGAUCCUCCUUGGGAUAUUCACAUGGAGCUGCCUUAUGGUACCAUGUCUGAUGACGAAAUGCGUCAGUUGGGAAUCCCAGCUCUUCAGGACGAGGGUUUGCUCUUCCUGUGGGUAACGGGCAGAGCCAUGGAGCUCGGCAGGGAGUGUCUCCAGCUAUGGGGGUACGAGAGAGUUGACGAAAUCAUUUGGGUGAAGACGAAUCAGCUCCAAAGGAUCAUCAGGACAGGGAGGACUGGUCACUGGCUGAACCAUGGUAAGGAGCACUGUCUCGUUGGGAUGAAAGGCAAUCCCCGGAUCAAUAGGGGCCUCGACUCCGACGUUAUUGUUGCUGAAGUGCGUGCGACGAGCCACAAACCCGACGAAAUUUACGGUAUAAUCGAGAGAAUGAGCCCCAGCACUAGGAAAAUCGAAUUAUUUGGAAGACCACACAAUGUUCAACCUAAUUGGAUAACGUUGGGUAACCAGGUGGAUGGAGUACAUCUCAUUGAUCCAGUCCUCAUAAAAGCGUUUAGGAAACGUUAUCCAGAUGGAAAUUCAAUGAAACCCAACAAAUCGUGAGAAUAUUCGAAUGAUAUAAUCUCUGCAAUGGAAUUAUUUCCUGCAAAUUUUGACUUCCUGAGUUUUUUUAUAAAAAAAUUGCACAUUUACGGCAAUUCAAUAAUUUGGCACACACGACACAAUCAAUAAUUGAUUGUAGAUAUUAUUCGACAUUACUGAGCCUUCUGUCAGUAGCUGAGACGAACUCUCUAUCCUAUUUUAGUGUAUUUUUAUGAAAUGUCUUCGAAGUUCAUAAAAAAAGUAAGUACAAUUUUUCGAAAGUAAAAUGUAAAAAGGUGUCUCCUUAGCAGACAAUAAAUUCAAUUCUAUUAUAUCCA